AGUUGCGUGGCCGCGUCAAGUGGUUCAACGACAAAAAAGGUUUCGGCUUCAUCGAGCCGCUUGGCGAGGAAGGAGCCAAGGACCUCUUCGUCCACCGGAACCAGCUGAGGUCGGAGGGCGAUGACGUGUUCGCUAGUCUGGACCCUGGCGCCAUCGUCGCCUUCAACGUCGGGGAGGCUGACAACGGCAGGCCCUGUGCCAUGAACGUGCGGGUUCUGCCGGCCCAGGAGGAGGAGGGCGAGGCGAAGGGCGAGGCUGAGGAGGAGGAGGCCGACGGUGCUUCUUCAUCUGGCGAGUCGGUUGAGGUCGACGUGGAGGAGGAGCUGAGGUGUGGCGUGUUCUCGGAGAAGGGCCCGGGCAAGGAGGUAUGCGAGGACUUCGCGGUCGAGAAGGUGAAGCUCCCCAUCACGGUUCUCGGCGAGACCGCGAGUUGUUUCUUUUUUGGUGUUUUUGACGGGCAUGGCGGCAAGCAUUGUGCUGAGUAUGCGUCCGAGCACUUGGCAAAGAACGUUCUCGCAAGACUACGCGACAGGAC